GGAAGUGGCGCAGCCGUACAGCGUUCGGUGACGUCACCCUCUAGCCCUCUCUCCCCCGCCCCUGCCCCCGCCCCCGGUGAGGUCUCUGCACUCGCUUCUCCCAGAGACUCGGAGAGCGGAUCCAAGAUGGCGGCUGAAGCGGAAUACGAGUCCAUCCUGUGCGUGAAGCCCGAGAUCAGCGUCUACCGCAUCCCGCCGCGUACCUCCAACCGUGGCUACAGGGCAUCUGACUGGAAACUGGAUCAGCCUGAUUGGACUGGUCGUCUCCGAAUCACUUCCAAAGGGAAGAUUGCCUACAUCAAACUUGAAGACAAAGUAUCAGGGGAGCUAUUUGCUCAGGCACCAGUGGACCAAUAUCCUGGCAUUGCUGUGGAGACAGUAACAGAUUCUAGCCGAUAUUUUGUGAUCCGGAUUCAAGAUGGCACUGGACGUAGCGCUUUCAUUGGUAUCGGCUUCACAGAUCGGGGUGAUGCGUUUGACUUCAACGUUUCUCUGCAAGAUCACUUCAAAUGGGUAAAGCAGGAAUCUGAGAUCACCAAAGAAUCUCAGGAAAUGGACACUCGCCCCAAGUUGGAUCUAGGCUUUAAGGAAGGACAAACUAUCAAAUUGAGUAUUGGGAAUAUUACAACAAAGAAAGCAGGAACCUCUAAGCCUCGACCUGCAGGAACUGGGGGCCUGAGCCUACUGCCACCUCCACCUGGGGGCAAAGUGACUAUUCCCCCACCUUCAACUUCAGUACCCAUUGCUAAUCAUGUCACCCCACCUCCCAUCCAGAAAUCCAGCCAAAGUGGCAAUAAUGAUGCAGAUAUCCUGUUAGACUUUGAUUCUCCUGUUCCUGUCUCAAAGACACCAGCACCUGCCCCUGCUCCUGCUCCUGCUUCUGCGGUGACUGAUCUAUGGGGAGACUUCAGUACUGCAUCCAGCUCUGUUCCAAACCAGACACCACAGCCGUCCAACUGGGUCCAGUUCUGAGCAGCAGGGAUAAACUUGAAGACCAAGAGAAUCCAAGGGCACCAAUUUGAGGGGGGGAAUUGGGACACUCCACCUUCUCCAGAACUGAAAUUCCUGGACAGUCUUUUAAAAAGCUUUCCUCUUGCAAUCAAGAGCUGGUUUAUGCACCUCCCUACUGUUGAUUACACGCUGGACAGCCCAGGGAGCAGCUGUUGCCUAAUGAGGCUGAGAGGAGGGUUGUGAGCCCACUUGUACCUGAGCAUGCAGUGCUUGCAAGGCCAGGGUCUCUAUUUCAAGGGGAAUUUACCUAUUCUCACAGUUGUUCAGCUCCCCCUUUUUCAUUCUUUACCCUUCUCCAAGGCCAUCUGGUGGCCCAUUGCCUUUUUUGGGUGGCAUUGUGGCAGGGAGGGUUUGAAUGGCCUUUCAAGUAACACAGUAGGUAGGUGCAAACCUUUUUGCAGCUCCAUUUGGUUUCUGCAGCUGAAGGGACUUAAUCCUUUGGGAAUAGAUGUUAGGAGCUAAGGAGACACUGACCCCAUCACUGUCUUCUUUAUCCGGAGCUAGUUGGGAUAGAGUUGUCUGAGAUUAAUUUCAGGCCUGUGUGUUUACAAAAUGAGUGGUGACAGGUGAGCAUAAGGGUAUGGAGAUAGAUUUGUGAAGCUCUUGCUCCCCACUUUCUGCCAUAUUCUCUUCUUGCUAAUCUCAUUUGGGGAAGUGACAGUGCUGGGAGCAACUCCAUUGCCCUCUUCUAUGUUUACACGUCUCUCCCUUUGAGAAGAGGGUUGUGUUGGUGCCAUUUGCUCUAUCACCUUGUGUUUCUUCACCAGGGCAAUGUCUCUGACCAGGGUAAGAUUUUGGCUGUUCUCCCAAGUUGCCCCAGGUAGGCGUUAGGUUCCUGCAGCCCCAUCUAGUCGCUUCAUUGGAAGCAAGACCUUCCCUUCUUUUGCCUUUUGUGUGACCUAGAGUUGAGGGAGUGAGGGUCUGUACUGGAGAAGCACAGAGUGCUUAGUCCUCUUGCAAGUGAUGGUGUAAUGUGCCCUCCCUUCCUUCUUUUCUUGGCACCUGGCGUCUGACCUGGGUAGUUUUGUGGGACCAUGUCUGUCUUCUCUGCCCAUUUCCCAUAAAGCCUGGCCCUUGUAACCAGAGAAAUCCCCCUGACUCAGCUCUUCAAGGAAGGACUGCUGCUCUGCUGGUCCCUGCCAUUAGUAAAGAAAGCCCAGGAGAACCAUAGCUACAUUGGUCUGACAAGCUUUGCCAAUGGAAGGCGGCUCUGACAGCCGUGACCCAGAGGAAUAGCAGAGUCAAGCUGGAGGGGUUUUUGUUUGCUUUUUUUUAAACAACACUUCCCUUUCCCUCCUCAAUGCUGUGAAGAGAGUUUCCUUUCCAAUAGGAAAGGACAUUCUCAUUUGUUGCUGUUAAUGAGCUAAUUAUGAUGAGGGGAGGAUUUAUUGUGAUAAAUCAGUAUCAUUCCUUUUGCUGUUCUUUAAUUCUGGAUGAAGAGCCUUUGAGUCCAACCUGGAAACACAUAUGAUCUUCCCUAUCCCUGAAGUCUUUUCUUGUCCUUUCCAUGGACUUGUGGGUCCAGGUUUAUUUUUGUCUUAUUUAUUCCUAUGCUGUGUAUCAAGCAGUUCUGCACUUGCUGAGCUCUAGAAGGUCCUUUUUAAUUUCAGAUGGAAAACACUAAAAGAAAAUAUGGAGAAUCACUAGUGGUUAACCAUUGGGAGCCUCUUUUCUCAUCUUCCUUCACCUGUUCUUACUUUGCAUUCCCCAAGAUGAUAAUAUAUUAUGUAUAUGAACUGCUGCAAAACUGAAAAAAAAGAUAUAUAUGUAUAUAAAACAUAAGGUGUAUUGGUGCAAUAAUGGUAAUUAAAAUAUAGAAAAGGGU